GUAAUUCAUUGCGGCGACCUUGAAAUCUAACUCCAUUCACUCAUUCACACCAGUGACCUCACAUCAAUUUUCGACGUCGCCCAAGUUUCAUCAUACAUUUGCAUUUCGUUGGUCGCGUCGCGUCUUUUCUUAGCUCAUACUUUUAUUUCGUUUUAGGUGUUUUCUAGAACCACGCCGUUUGACGGUUUAAGGACUGCGAAUCUUCUUUUCGUUCUGGUCACGGGUCUGGAAUAUUCACACCAGGCUGCCAGGUUGGCAGACACCUUACCAGUCUAUCUAGAGAACUCAUCACUCCCCAUAACACUUUAAACAUUAACGCCGACUUGACCAUCAUUUCUACCCGACGUCCUCUUCGGAGGAAAGCCCUUCCGAUUCUCCCGCCAUCAUGUCUGUAACGGCGACUCGAUCCAUGCCGCCGGUGCCAAACCGGGAAGAUAUCGUACAAACAUGGGAAUACCUUCAGGCCGGUAUUUCUAAGAUUAUGAUUAAUUUGCAAGAUGGCAUGGACAUGACAACGUACAUGGGCAUCUACACUGCCGUCCAUAACUUCUGCACGUCACAGAAAGCUGUUGGCCUGGGAAGCUCUAACGCCGUAGGUCAGGCUCAUAGAGGAGCUCAUCUCCUCGGCGAAGAUCUGUACAGGAAGCUCAAAGAAUACUUGACCGACCAUCUGAACGGCCUCUACGAACAAUCCAAGGCGCAUACCGACGAGGCGCUCCUCACCUUCUACAUCAGAGAGUGGAACAGAUACACCGUCGCCGCCAAGUAUAUCCAUCAUCUGUUCCGUUAUCUUAAUCGACACUGGGUUAAGAGGGAGAUGGAUGAAGGAAAGAAGAAUACCUACGAUGUGUAUACAUUGCAUCUGUAUCAAUGGCGCACUGAGUUCUUCACCCUUGUGAACAAGAAAGUCAUGGAUGCUGUGCUCAUGCUGGUCGAGAAACAGAGAAACGGCGAGACCAUAGAGCACCGGCAAAUCAAGCAGGUCGUCGACUCCUUCGUAUCCCUCGGCCUCGAUGAGCACGAUGCCACCAAGUCGACUCUUGAUACCUAUCGCUUCCAUUUCGAGAAGCCCUUCCUCGCUGCGACCGAGGAGUUCUACAAAGCCGAGUCCAAACAAUUCGUUGCGGAGAAUAGUGUUGUCGAGUACAUGAAGAAGGCAGAGACUCGAUUAUCCGAAGAGGAGGAGCGUGUGCGCAUGUACCUCCAUAACGAUAUAGCAUUGCCGCUCAAGAAGACAUGCAACAAGGCGCUAAUCGCUGACCAUUCGGCAAUGUUGCGAGACGAGUUUCAAGUUCUGCUAGACAAUGACCGAGAAGAAGACAUGGCCCGCAUGUACAAUCUCCUGUCUAGAAUUCCAGACGGUUUGGAGCCUCUCCGGCAGAAGUUUGAGACUCAUGUUCGUAACGCCGGCCUAAAUGCGGUUGCCAAGGUGGCUUCGGACGCUGAGAAGCUCGAGCCCAAGGUCUACGUCGAAGCUUUACUCGAGACGCAUACACGGUAUCAAGGCUUGGUUAAGCGCGCAUUUGCCGAUGAACCGGAAUUCACUCGAUCGCUAGACAAUGCUUGCAGAGAGUUCGUGAACCGCAACGAUAUUUGCAAAGCAGGAAGCAGCAAAUCUCCCGAACUCUUGGCCAAGUACACUGAUGUGCUUCUGCGCAAGAGCGGAACUGGUGUGGAGGAAGCCGAGCUUGACACUACUCUGACACAGAUAAUGACUGUCUUCAAGUAUAUCGAGGACAAGGACGUUUUCCAGAAGUUUUACUCGAGAAUGUUAGCUCGACGCCUCGUACAUAGCAGCUCUUCCUCAGAUGAUGCCGAGACCAGCAUGAUCAGCAAGCUCAAGGAGGCAUGUGGUUUUGAGUACACGAACAAACUUCAACGCAUGUUCCAGGACAUGCAAAUCUCCAAGGAUCUCAAUACUGGAUUCAAAGAGCACACCAAGGGUCUCCAAUUAGAGAAACCAGCCCUUGACUCCACGUACUCGAUCUUAGGUACUAGCUUCUGGCCGCUGACACCUCCUAACACGACGUUCAGCCCACCGGCCGAAAUCCAUACGGAUAUCGACCGGUUCACUCUCUUUUACCGAAAUAAGCACGAGGGUCGUAAGUUGACCUGGUUAUGGCAACUCUGCAAAGGAGAACUUAAGACCGGGUACUGUAGAUCCUCGAAGACACCUUUUACAUUCCAAGUCAGCGUGUACCAGAUGGCGGUUCUAUUGAUGUUUAACUCCAAAGACGCCCACUCGUACGAGGAUAUCGCAUCGGUCACCCAACUAAGUAGCGAGGCACUAGAUCCUGGUAUCGGAAUCCUUCUCAAAGCCAAGGUCCUACUUAUGAAGCCCGACGGUGAGAAACCCGGUCCUGGAAAGAUGUUCCAUCUUAAUUACGAUUUCAAGAGUAAAAAGAUCCGAGUCAACCUAAAUGUUGCUACCAAGUCCGAGCAGAAGCAAGAAGAAGCAGAUACCAACAAGACAAUUGAGGAGGAUCGACAAUUAGUGUUACAAUCUUCUAUUGUCCGAAUCAUGAAGGCACGAAAGAAGUUGAAGCACGCUCAGCUUGUUGGUGAUACAAUCAACCAGAUCAAGUCUCGUUUUGUCCCCAGAGUUAGUGAUAUCAAGAAGUGUAUCGAGAUUCUUCUUGACAAGGAGUAUCUUGAACGAUUGGAGGAUGACGAGCUUGGUUAUCUCGCAUAAGCCCACUAGUCCGAAUUUUCCCGCUCCGAGAAAAAUUGCAUUAAUUCUGCGCAUAUAUCCCCGAUAAUUCCCUCUUCCGGUAUCAGUUUCCCGGCGGCAACUUGAUACUCAUCAUCACACUUUCCGAGGGUGUAAAAUCAAAACUUGGAGAUUGGUUCCUUAAAAGAACUCGGACAUGGCUGGUUGGUUGGAAGAUUAUUCGAGGCGGGCGACGUGGACGGUUCCUAUUUUUUACGCAUACGACGAGGCUCAGACAAUUCUCGGGCUUCCCGAUUUUCGGGUACUUGGAGGCAGAUGAUGGAAUAAUGGGACUGCUGCAUACUAGGUGCGUUUGACGACGUGACGAAAUUGGCAGCCCGGAAAUCGGUGGCACGUAUUCAUGGAAGAGCCGCAGUCCCCCCUUUGAUCAUAGAACUCUAUCUCCCACAUUGAUGAACGCAACGCUCUUCUUACCCACGUCACCAUUGCUUCUAGUCUUGCCUACGAACCGAGUUCGCUCGGCGAGUGAUCACAAGUCUAAUGAAGCCAACCCACCUCUAUAUCUCUUGCUAUGUGUCGAUGAGUGCUAUAGCAAACCCGCAAAAUUCAUAGACACGAAUGAAUAAAUUCGCUAGAUACA